AUGUGGCUAUCCCGGAAAAAUUCAAGCAAUAGUAAUCAAAGUAGCCCAAGAUGUAGAACACCACCAAGUUUUAAUCGACAUUCCUUCAAAAACAUUGGGGAUCUCAUAAGUGAUGAUGAUAAAAAUGUUGCUACCACCAAUGACUUGAACAAAGAUCAGCAGCAACAGCAGCAGAAACAUCAACAACCCUCUUGUUCAUCUCCGACUUCUUCCCCACGCGCCAACGCUAAAAGGCAUUCCGUCUUCCACCGUGUCCGCCUCGCUAACCAAUUCAGUCGCUCAUUAGCGACAGGCCGACCCAAACAACCCAACCCUGAGAAAUUACCAUCGGUAGAAGUAAACAAUAAUUCUCAGAAAUGGGAGACACCUGCGUUAUCGAUUAGAAUCCCGGGUGCUGAGAAGCUAAUAGUGGUGUACAUGACCAGCCUCCGUGCGGUGCGACCGACCUUCGAGGCUUGCCGCACAGUUCGUUCCAUUUUACAAGGCUUCCGUGUAGCGGUCGAUGAGCGAGAUCUCUCCAUGGAUUCAUCGUUCAAAGACGAGUUAAAGAAGAUCAUGUCGCAAGGAGGGGAGGCGUUUCAGAACGGCACAGUAACCCUUCCUAGGGUUUUUAUCGGCGGGCGUUACGUGGGAGAUGCGGAGGAUCUCCGGACGAUGAAUGAGACCGGGGAAUUGAAGAAAAUCGUUGAAGGGUUGCCGGCAGUGUCGCGAGGCGUUUGUGAGGUUUGUGGUGAUUUCAGAUUUAUCAUCUGCCAUGAUUGCAAUGGAAGUCGCAAGUGCUACAAGGAGAAAGGUGGCUUUAGGAGUUGUACGACAUGCAAUAAGAAUGGUUUGAUCAGGUGCCAUUCUUGUUGGGCGGCUAAAUUAUGA